AUGUGCAUUCUGCUGGAAAGACUUGUCAGUUCUGCUUCAAAUUCCCCACCCCCUGGGCAGGAACGUCAUUCAGAUACCUGUGGGUUCCCCGGGGUAAAUGUAGAAGUUUCGAAUUGAUUGGGGCUUCACAGUCGAAAUAAAGAGUUACUUUUCACUUCGUGUAUACCAUACGAUACGCGAUACAAAACCGGAAGUUUCGAAAAUUACUAAAAUAACAUUGUAAUUGGUUGAAAUAAUAGCUGAUAGCACAGGUGGCAUUAUGAGUUCAUAAUAAAGAGAUGUAACUUUAUAUUCGGAAUUCACUAAACAAACUGCAAUCAUAUUCGCAAUGUUCCAGGCGAGGCUGACUUUGCAGAAUAUUUUGUUCCUUUACAUAGUGUUUCCUUUUAAACAAUCUUUAUUCUCCACAAGUUUUCAACGUGAUUCUAAGUUUCGUGUCGCUUCUUUUAUCGACCAUGUUUUUCACGUUCUUGAUAUAGUGGAGCUUGAAUCCAGCCUUGUCAGAGAUCGAUUAGAUUGUGUGCUUCAAUGUUUAGAGGAUCAGCGAUGUUUCUCAACAAACCUUGCUGCUAAACCUGAUAUCACUGGUAACUAUGUUUGUGAGCUGCUUCCCACAGACAGGUAUAACGCUUCUGACAGCUUUAAACCAAGUCCACAUUUCCAUCACUACAGUGUUAAGGUAUGGUUUGCUUAACAGCUGCAUUUUACUUAAGCAGUCUUAAAAUCGUUUUGGUUGAUCUCUAAAGUAAGACUACACCUUUUUCGUGACUUUAAUUUCCUUGGCCAAAACAAACUUAUUUUCACUUUGGAUAUUACAUCUCUUUGCACUGCUAUUCCCAAUGACGAAGGUCUCCGGGCCCUUAAACAUUUUUUUUUUUGAUCAACGCACUGUCAAGGAAUAAAGGGGUAAGUUUCUAAAGAAACUGUGGUGCUGCAUCGGUGGGAGAGCAUAGCAGGUAAUUUAGUGUUAACAACUGGGUUGAAAACGUAAAUUAGCCACCGUAAAGGGUAAAAAAGCUGACGUUUCGAGCGUUAGCCCUUCGUCAGAGCGAUAUCGCUCUGACGAAGGGUUAACGCUCGAAACGUCAGCUUUUUUACCCUUUACGGUGGCUAAUUUACGUUUUCAACCCAGUUGUUAACACUAAAUUACCUGCACUGUCAAGGAACCUAGCUCUGAAACACUUCUCCGUCUAGCCGAACAAAUACUUACACUCAAUUGCAUUUCAUUCGGUGGCAAAUACUACAAACAAACUAAUGGCGUAGCAAUGGGUACUAAAAUGGGACCCAGCUCCGCAAGUCUUUUCGUAGGUUUUAUCGAACACCAAUUUUUUAGUCAAUGCCACGGCCCAAACCUGAACUCUACGGUCGCUACAUUGACGACUGCAUCGGUGCUACCUCCUCUGCCAGAGAGGAGCUCACUCAAUUUAUAACCUCCGUAUAUUCCUUUAACCCGGCUCUGAAAUAUACCUGGGAAUUUCUGACGCUUCUUUGGCUUUUCUAGACAUCAAAAUUUCAAUUGGUGGUAACGGUUUAUGCACUAGUGUUUACUACAAACCUACAGAUUCACAUAGUUACUUAUUGUAUUCAUCUUCGCAUCCAUCACACGUCAAGAAUUCCAUACCUUUUUCACAGUUUUUCAGCCUUCAUCGUUUAUGUAGUGACGACUCUGAUUUUUCGAAAAAAUCAGUUUUUCGAUAAACGUUGCUAUCCUGUUUCUGUCGUUCAAGCGGGCCACUACCGCGUCCAACAAAUUGAUUGACAUACGGGCAGCACUACAAACGGCUGAGAAGGAAAAUACUGAUCGCAUUCCAUUUACUCUUACAUUUCACCCUCACCACCACGCAAUUAAAUCUAUAAUUCCUAGAAAAUGUUAAUUACUUCAAAACUAUUCAGAGAUUGGUACUAUCUUUUUGCAACCUCCACCAAUUUCAUUCAAAUGUGACAAAAACAUAGGCAACUUUUUGGUCAGGGGUUCGUUUUAAACUGCUAUAAUCAACCCGGAACUUUCAAAGGCGCUCGCUCAUUGGAUGCAAAACUUGUCCUUUCAUGCAUAACGCAGAGAAAAUCGGGACCCUUAGAAAUCCAUUAAAAUCACUAAUCAGUUUAUGUACACCUCCGCCAAUGUCAUUUACUGCAUAACUUGCACUUAUUGCGAAAAGUAAAACAUUGGUGACAGGAAGACGACUAGGUGACCGAUUCUGAGAACACCUUCGCGACGUAGAAAGAAAUGACAAGGACGCAUCCAAACCAUUCGCUAUACACUAUAAUCUCCCUUAUCAUUCUAAGCAGAAUAUGGUAGUUUGCGGCCUUUCCCUACAUCUCGGCAGUUCGGAAAGCCGCAAAGCUUUAAAACAAAAAUUAAUCCCUCAAAUUAGCACUCUUAAUCCUCACGGUAUCAACGGGCGCUUUUCAUUCAAUUUAUUUAUUCUUGUUUCACUUCUCGUCACUACAUUCCACCAAUAGCGUAGCUCCAUUUUCUGCAAAUAAUCACAUUAACAACCCACAAUUGUUCCAUUCGCUCUGACGAAGGGGUAACGCUCGAAAAGUCAGCUUUUAAACUCUUUACGGUAGCUAAUUCACGUUAUCAACUCAUGCGGUUGAUAAUAAUAAAUUACCCUAUAUAAGAUGACACCAGUCAGGUUACAGAGGCAAGCCACAUCACUUCCGCGAUUUAAUCGGAAUUUAACAUAGUACUAUUUAUUUUUUAUUUCUUACGCAAUAUCUCCAGUUGAUUGACCGAGCUAUGCAGAAGGCUCUCGACACCGACAGAGCAGGGACUGAAACAAAACUGUUUGUCUAG